AUGUUAAAAGAUUGGGUUUUUUACGCCAGUUGCAUUACACCAUAUAGGUGUGGAGUGGAAGGAUACGUCAAGCUUUUAAUCAGAGGAAUUGAAAAUAACAUAAAAUGUCAAGGUCAGAACAUCCUGAGAUAUGAAGAUUUUACUCACCUUAGAGCAAGGACUUCCACUCCUUUUAAUCGUCGGAUAAUUGAGACGUCGGACAAUUCCGAACCCCUAGAAAGAAGUAAAGUUCCAUUAGUGUCCAUAACAUAA